GGAAAAAGAGAAGCAACCAUGCAUUGCUGAUUACUGGAUACAGACUAAUCUGAAUUCUAUUUGUAUGGCAGUAUGGGGUUCCAAAUUAAUUCAUGUCAUCAUCUACUACAGAUACUACAAAGAAUGACGCGGUCAGUAUUUAUUAUCCUUCAACACUGAGGAUUUAUAUUUGACACACAUCAUCACAGAGCACUGGGAUCUGUCAAAGGUGAACACAAACAAAAGAUUUGAUGUUGCAAACAACUUUUGGACUUUUGGAGAACUAAGUCAAAGAGAGCAGCAAUUCAGGUCCAUGACUCGAUUUCGUGGGUUAUUUUUGUGUCUGUGCUUUCUCCCUGCAAUAUGGUGAUGUGUAUUUUGUUUGUUUGCUGUGACCUGUAUGGACCACAACUGUCAGCUGAAAACACGCAUCCUCGGCUGUCUUUGCAUUAUGAAUGAACCAUUGCAAUGAAAACCUGACUUGAAGUAUACCAUCGCAUCACUUGGUUUACAUAGACAAAUUUAGACAAACGUGCACACACCGUCAGUAAUGGGAGCUGCACGUGUCAAACGCCGUUUCAGCACUGUAGUAGACAUUCCUCUCAAUGAGGAGGAAGUGAUGAAGCUGGCUCAAAGUGAUGAUGUCUCUGGGGCCUGUACAGAAGAUCUCUCUUCUCCAACUUGCAAUGGCAAGCUGCUUAACCAAAACAAUGGAGGACCACACAGGCUCUCUGAGAGCAAUGAAGAUGACUAUGAUGAUGAUGAUCAUCAUCAUCAUUAUCAUAAUGAAAAUGAUGGAGGAAGGUGGAGAGGAAGAGAUAGAGGCUGUGGCUUCAUGCUUGAUGGUGUAACUAGAAGAGAAGGGGGCUGGGAGCGAGUUGAAAGGACUUUGUCUGUGUCUCCGUCCUUGACUGCACCUCUUAGAGCCCAAACACACUUCCGAUCUCGCAGCAGGUUUGUGGGAAAAGAUGGCCGCUGCAACAUCACCUUCAUCAACAUGAACAAGAGGGGCCAGCGGUACCUCACAGACCUCUUCACAACUUGCGUAGAUAUCCGCUGGCGCUGGAUGCUUGUGGUCUUUACCCUCUCAUUCUUGCUUUCCUGGCUUCUUUUUGCAAUUGUCUUCUGGCUCAUUGCAGCUGCUCAUGGGGACUUAAAUCUCCCACCAUCAUCCUCCAUCAGCCGCUUGUCGUCCUUCUCAGUGACCACAUCUUCUUCUUUGGCUUUACCAGAGCAAUCAGUGGAUUAUUCUUUGGUGCUACUAGAGUCUGAGGAGUCACUGGAACCUGAUCACUGUUUUCAGCAGGUGAACAACUUCAUGGCAGCCUUCCUCUUUUCUCUGGAAACACAGACUUCUAUAGGAUAUGGCUUCCGAAGUGUGACUGAGGCCUGCCCCCUGGCGGUGCUUGCUGUCGUUUUGCAGUGCAUUGUGGGCUGCAUCAUCGACACUUUCAUCAUCGGGGCGGUCAUAGCCAAGAUUGCCAAGCCCAAGAAGCGCAAUGAGACCCUGAUGUUCUCAGAUGUGGCCGUGGUAGCUAUGAGGGAUGGGAAGCUCUGCAUGAUGUGGCGAGUGGGAAACCUGCGCAAAAGCCACCUGGUGGAGGCCCAUGUCAGAGCACAGCUGCUGAUGCCAAGGGUGACCCCAGAGGGAGAGUUUCUACCUUUGGAUCACAAGGAUAUUAAUGUGGGCUUUGACACAGGAACUGACAGGAUCUUCCUGGUAUCUCCAGUGACCAUUGUGCAUGAGAUCAAUGAAGAGAGCCCUUUCUUCGAUAUGGACAGGAGGAUGCUGGAGUCCGAGGAGAAGCUGGAGGUGGUGGUUAUUCUAGAGGGUAUGGUUGAAGCCACUGCCAUGACCACACAGUGUCGCUCUUCUUACAUUGCGCCUGAAAUUCUCUGGGGUCACCACUUUGAGCCUGUGCUAUUCGCAAAGAAAACCGUCUACCAGGUGGACUAUUCAUACUUCAACAGGACGUAUGAGGUCCCUGACACGCCAUCCUGCAGCGCUAAAGAACUAGCUGAGAAAAAGUACAUCUUGGGCUCUCGUUCCUCUUUCUGCUACGAGAAUGAAGUGGCUCUGCAGCUAUGCUCUUCUGCUAUUCCCUCCCCCAACAGUAUCUGUCCAUCCCCCUCUUCUCCUUCACCCUUACUUCUCAUUUCUAGAGACGGCACCUGCACUGAGCACCCAGAUACACACACUCGCACUCAGUAUGGGAGUCAAAGGGCGCUGGGCAGAGUGGAGAAUUAAGGUCACAGGGAGUGUGAAUAGGGAAACAGAGAGAGAUGGGUGCAGCAGGGUUACACGGGAAAGUUGAUACAAUGGACAAAAAGUCUGACGAGAGACAGAAAGGAGGAGACAAGUGAUAAAUGUUAGACAAUUAAAUUCAAAAGAAAAGGGUUAAGCAGAGAGUGGGAAAAAAGUAAAGAUAGUACAAUUUUCUUGGCUGUGACAACAAGCAAAAAAAGAAAGAAUAUAUAUAAAAAGCAGCUUUAACAUAAACAUCAAUUGACUGCUGAAGAAAACUGCAGUUUGAGAGAGAGACAGGGAUGAAAUAAACAAGCACAUUUCUAUCCAGAUUAGAAGUUUAAUUGACAUAGGAUUUACUUUUUUAAAACUGUGUUUGUACAAAUGAAGGAGAUAGAGUUAAUUAAUGGCAAUUGGGUUAAAAGUGAAAAUAGGGUGUGAGAGAAAUUGACAGAAUUGAAGCAGUUUGGGUAGGUGGGUAAGAGAGAGACACAUGGGGAUGGAAUCAGACGACUAUUUUAGGAUGAGGAGGGUUGCACCACUGGCCCACAUGGCUGAUUGGACGUGGCAAUCUUUCAAAGUCAGUGUCACUGAUCGCUGAGGUUCAGCACUGGUACAGACAUGCAACAGUGACCCCUUGUGGCUGGAACAACUAGUUGCACCUCAGAAUGAAAGCCUUCUGUUCGGUUUACAAGUGAAGUUCAAAACUUGGUUUCAAGGAUGAUGAUGAUGAUGAUGUGACACAGAAUGGGACACACUGACUACAUGGAACAGCAGGAAUAUCCAUAGAACAUGAGGUUAGAAACUACCACAGAUGUGUGCAGCAGCAUAUGGAGUAUUUUUAAUGCACAUUCUCUCAUGGACAUGGUGAGAGAACUUAUUUACUGAGUCAUUUACUUAUAGAAGACCGAAGUUCUACUACAAGAUUUACUAACCCCAAAGUCAAAACAGACCCACUGAUGGUAUAAAGGAGUGAGUGGUGGAGCUGGUUCAGUAUUUUGUUCAUUUCGAUAAUGCAAAAUUUAGACCAUGUGGGGAAAUGGAACUUACUAGAAUACUAAUAGCAGAUGUAAGACCUAAUAUGUAACUACACUGGAUUUUUGAUGCUCACCUUAGACAAACUAAAUAUUAAGUUCAUGCAUAAAAGGCAGCAUAGUGGUGGUGUAGUGGUUAACCCUGUUACCUUGUACCUCCAGGGUCCAGGUUUGAUUCCCGGCCAGGCACAAUUUUUGUCCCUGUUUGCAUAUUUUG